AUGACUUCUAAACUUGGAAAAAAAUAUAAUAUGUUUUACGUAGAUCUUAUGAAAUGCUUAAACUAUUAUAUUGAUCAAAACGAGUUUGAGGAUCUGUGGAAUUGUAUAAUAGAAAAUGAUAACUAUGCUGAGACAAAGUCGUACCUGGAAGUUCUUAGAGAAUCAACGAACAGUCUUUUAAAGGGCUUCAUAGACUGUAAAACAAGGCUCAUAGAAUUUUUGGCAGCUUUUGAAUGUGCACUUUAUUUUCGCAAAGAGGCAGAACAUAUUUCUGCUUACAAAGAGCUUAAAUUUGAGACAGAAUGGAGUGAAAAGGAUGCAUAUGCGUGUGAGGAAAUAACAGAUGACAAUGGAGUGCGUUGUUUUAAGCUAUCACGUUACGAAAGGCCUGACGUUAUACAUCGUGUCUGCUAUGAUAGCAAGGUACUUGCUUGUUGCUGCCGCAAUCUCGAAUUUGCUGGAAUAGUUUGUUGCCAUUCUCUUGCAGUUGCAGUUCAUCUGUCUCUCGCUCAACUCGAUCUUGUUUACUUUCCAAAAUGCUGGCGAAAGGACCUGCCUGA